AUGCCUCCUCCUCCUCCCCAGCAUCCCGGCGGCCAGGCGCCUUCGGUGACCCAAAAACUUGCCAUGGGCGCCGUGAUGGGCGGGUCUGUUGGUGUCAUCAUCGGCUUCAUUUUUGGAACGACGACUAUCUUCCGAUACGGCCCCGGUCCUAACGGUAUCAUGCGAACGCUUGGGCAAUACAUGGCGGCCUCGGGUGCCACCUUUGGCUUCUUCAUGUCCAUUGGCAGCGUCAUCCGCACCGAUGCGCACCCCGUAGCCCAAGAACUCUACAUGCGCUCCCGAAUGCAACCUCUCAUCAUCGCCAGGCAAGCGUUCCGAAGGCCAGAUGGCACCUCCUCUCAAUGA